ACUACUGUAUCUAUUGUUGGGGAAUGUCUCAGGGAGCUGCUGAAGCUUUUUCUUACAGGUAGGAAGAGUUACACAGCAAAAGGGGCAAUGUCAGAAGGCAUCCCCUUAUAAGCCUGGAGAUUAGACAGAGCUGCAAAGUCAGUUGCUGCCUAAGGCCUUGUCUUGGCUGCAUUAGCUGUGGUUUUACUGCAUGCCUCAGCAGUGUUCUUCAGCUCCCCAGGUGUGUGCCUUGUCUUCAUCCAGAACUGGGGUGACAUCUGUAUUGCCAUCCUUUAUUCUGCUCUACCCUACCCAGUUUUCAUGCAGGGAAACUGCAGCCAGAAGGGGAGAAUUGAGACAUUCUGGCAAGUCCAGCCAUAUCAGGAUGAGGAGAGAACCAAGACACACACACACACACAGAAACACAAGCUGAAUGCUGUGCUACAGCAUCACUUUGUAAAAACAUCAAUAUUAUCUACUUCACACUAUUUAUUUAUUUUUAUGAUCAUCAGUGUUUCAUAUUUAACAGGAUCACAUGAAAUAUCGAAUUGUCAUAAGAUCCUUAAAUGCUGAAUUUAGGAUAAAAAUACCUUAAAGGAACUGCACAUGUUGGAGCUAAACUUGUUUAUCAUUAAAAAAAGCAGGGUUUGGAUGUUAUUACUUGGAAUUCUGUAACAUUUAGUAGUCCUUGUUUCACACCUGCUGCCCAGUCUUCACAAGGACACAAAGAGAUGGAAACAGAAGAGUGAAAAUGAAGUAAUGCUUGAUAAAGUGCAGUGUUUACACUGUUGCUAACAGAUUGCCACCCGUUGUUGUUAACUGCAGGGUGAAGAGUGCUUUUGUCUUCCAGCUUCUGAUAAGAACAAAUGUAUGUGAUAAAAUGUUGUUCUAACAGAAGAAUAUAUCCUGGUGCUUACUGAUAUGCUGGCAUAUAUCCUGGUUUGGUCUCCAGAAGGAGAUGGUGAACAGACCUUUUGCUCUUUAACCUAAUCCUGAAAUAUGGAUAUGCAGGAAUUUGGUUUUGCUUGGUGUUCCUCCACUGUUUAUUCUAUACUCAAAUGACUUGAAUUCUUGAAUUCUGGCUCUGGUUCAUGGAUGCCUACUCUUGGUUUGGUUUUUUUUGAACUAUACAUAGUUCAUUUCAAUCCUUCCAGUAGUUUGGCUGGUUGAUUGUGUUAGGUUUUAGUGUUAAAAAGUUUGGAUUUAUUCCUCAAUGACUGGACAAGUCAUGUUGAAAACCAAUUUGUCUUUUGCUUUGUUUAUGGCAUAUUUUUCUAGCCAGCAUAAACAAAGCCUAGGACAAUUUGCCAUCCUAUUCUAGACAGGAUGUCCAACAAGUGGAGUAAGUGCAAAGUCUUCUGUUUACACUGUGAACUGAAUUUGGAGUUUUUUGCUUCCCUGUUCUGGGUUCCUUAUCCCAAAAGUGCUUUCUGAUCCUGUGAGGAGAAAACUACAACUCACAAUGCACAAAUCUGCAUUUUUAGGUAAAAGAUACGUAGUAGGUGGAAGAAAUGUGUCCCAAUACUUGGAUUACAGGAGAAAGAGUAUGCUUAGAGAGGAAAUAAGUCUGCCAUGUAUGUUGAUAUUCACCUUAGUUUCUGUUGGGAAGUUGGGAAGAGCAUGCUUGAAAGACAUGAGGAGUGAUGUGUUUUAUCCCUUCCCACAUGCUGGGGCUUGGCAUGCCCUGGAAGAGAGUCUCCCAGUAAUUGUUAUUUAUGGCUGUGGUGCAGCACUCCAGUGGCUCAUGAAGUGUCUCUGGUGUCUCACUGAAAUGGAAUGUUUCAGAUACAGACAUGAAUAUCAUAAAAGACACUUUUCCCAAUAAAGUUACACCCCUGCUGAUUAGCCAGUGCCCUGAGGUCUUGUGAUAAUAAGAUCUGACUUCAACCUCCACACUCAUCCCUCUGCACGCCUCCCUUCUGUGUCAAGAAGAAGGGAGCUCUUCCAGCUCUUCCAGCACUCAAGUUCAUUUCAACAGUUAAAAUUGGCUCCUUACUCUCAGGAACAUCUUGGUCUGCCUCUUUGCAAGUGGUGACUGCUAGACAUGCACAUUAAUUUAUUAAUUUCAGGGAGAAAAUAAGAAAAGGGGAGAAAGAAGAGAGCUUAGGAGUGGAAAAGGAGCAAGAAGGUGGCUGCAGGAGCAGCCCCACAGCCUGGUGGUAGCAGGGUGAGCCACAGUGCUCUGUCAGGAGAUCAAAACAAGUGGAUCCACCCUCAUAAUCUUCUUCUUGCACAACCCCUGACAUGGCUGUUUGUGGCUGUGUUUCACACUGAAAAGAGGUGAAUAGAGGACAGACUGCUGACUUAGACAACAUUUAGAGGAGAUAGAAGUGAAUUUUUAGGCAGUCUCUGCAGCCAGUUCACUGAAUAAACUGACAAGUAUAUAGGAUGUAGUAAGCAAGUUGGUUUUGUAUCAGGAUACAACUAAUUUAAUAGUUACCAGACCAAACUCCUGCCUUCUGGUGUUUUGAAUUCUGAGGUAUGAAAAUAAAAUGUGUGAAGUACAAAACAGGAUUUCUAGAUGGUGGGAGUGAGCAAGAUUUUAUUAAGGAUGUUAGUUUAAAUAGUGCUACAGCAGAUGUAAUACAGAUCAUAACAUUUCACUAAGUCACAGGAGUUCAAGAGUUGAAAAUGGCCAUUUAAAACUUGUGUGUAUAAAUAAGUGUCAGAGAAACUGAAUAAAUUCUUUUCUCUUGAAGUUGAAAAACCUUCUUAGACACCAUAAAUGACAGAAAUUUCAUCUUAUUCACCAGUAACCCUUUCCAGAGCAGUCAGUGACUCACAGAUUCAAUGUCAGUCCUAAAAGCCUUCCAACCUGAGGAGAAUAUGAAAUGAUGAAGCAUCAUCUGCUGCACAUCUGCUUGAAGAACAGCAUCAUGCUGUUUUGGCAGCCAUGAUUUCAGGAACACAGGCAACAGUCUUAAGUCACUGAACACUCCUGUUGUGGCAAGACAAGAUUGUCCAUUUCUGUGGAGUUUUUUGUUUAGAUUUGGGUUUUUGGGGUUUUUUUGGUUUUUUUUUCCAUCUUCAAGCACAGAUAGCCAAGGGAGGAAGUAACUGACUGAUUGAUUACUUGUGACUGCUGAACGAGAGCUCCUUUAAAGAAAUGUCUUUGAGCUUAAGCAGACAAAGUCAUCACUUGAUAGCCUGUUGAUUUGCAGUAGGAAAUCACUUAAAUAGAUAUUCUCCCUGGAAAAGUCCUGCCUGCUGCUUUGCAGAAGUUCAGAUGAGCACUGUGCUUUGCUUCAUCAUCACUUACAUUCUGUAGUAGGAGUGCAAAGAAUGGGCAGGAGACCAACAGAGAAAUUUUCAAAAGUUAGUGAUAUAACAUCUUGGCCAUUGAUUAUAGCAGGAUUCAACCCAGCUGUGCUGGAAAUGUUCUCUGUUAGUUUGGACAAGCAAUUGCACCCAUUGGCACCUCGUGGCCUUAUUUGAUUAGGACAGAAGUUUCAUGAUUAGUUUAAGCCAAUCUGAGACUGUGCUGCUGCCAAAGGGACAUUCCUCCCCCUCUUACAUCAGACCAGCCCAUACAAUAAACUGAUCCUUCUGAAAACCAGCCUGGGGUGGGGGGAAAGAGGGAGAGAUGACCUUUUAAAGUCAGAAAGUCAAGGAAGAAGGCAGAAGGUUGCUGAGGCUUAUGAAAUGGGUGGACUGGCAACAAGGAUCACAGGGCAUGGAGAGUUCUUAACCCUGGUCAGCUGGAACAUCUCUGGAAGCAUCCAAGGUCAGACUGGAUGGGCCUUUGAACAACCUGAUGAGGAAGAAGAUAUCCCUGGAUUCAUGUGCAUGACAGUUUUGAAGAUAAUUGCCUUCGAUGAGCUUCGGACAGACUUCAAGAGCCCCAUCGACCAGUGCAACCCAGCCCAUGCAAGGGAGAGGCUGAGGAAUAUUGAGCGGAUUUGCUUCCUCCUGCGAAAGCUGGUGCUGCCGGAGUACUCCAUCCACAGUCUUUUCUGCAUAAUGUUUUUAUGUGCUCAGGAGUGGCUCACACUGGGGUUAAAUGUUCCUUUGCUUUUUUAUCACCUCUGGAGGUAUUUUCGUUGCCCAGCAGACAGCUCAGAGCUGGCCUACGAUCCGCCUGCAGUCAUGAACGCAGAUACCUUGAGUUACUGCCAGAAAGAGGCCUGGUGUAAGCUGGCCUUCUACCUCCUUUCCUUCUUCUACUAUCUCUACUGCAUGAUCUACACUCUGGUGAGCUCUUAACUGAAAGAUCAUCACUAAGGACUGAAAACAACAAAGGCUGGAGGUGCAAGGACGAGCGAACCAAGGGAUGCAUGAUUAAAAAAAGCAAAAAGGAACACUUUGAACCCAAGCAGUAAAUAUGGUACAUGAAAGAGAGAUCCAGCAAAGAGAAGCAAAAUACCAUGGGAGAAUGCCUGAGUUAAUUCUGUUUGUCUCCUGUUUCUCAAUGUAUUGCAGCAAAUGAUUUUCAAAACCCAAGCAAACAAAAAAAUUGCAACAACGUGGGCCAAAUUAUACUACUGUUCACCUUUCCAGGGAUAAUGCUGCUUGGUUUAGUGGAUUCAUUAAAACUUUAAUGCCUGAAGUCCCUGCUGUCUUCCAGGAAGCAACAUUUCUGUUCUUAAGGACCAUUCUGGACUGAAGAAGCACAGGACAAGAUGAUCUUACACAGAAAGAAGGAGCUGUACAACAUUCUGAAAACAAGCAGUGAGCGGACUUCGGGUGGGAUGUGUGACUGAACUGCAGGGCUGUUCUCAUGACACUAGUCAAACAGGGAUGUCAAGUCUCAUGGAACUGCUUCAGUGGUUUUGGUUUAUUGGUUUUUUUUCCCCCACCAAAACAACAAUACCAAAAGAACUUGCAGUUUCAAUGUUCUGUAUUCUAACUAUAUGCUAUUCCUGCAGGUGAACAUCCAGUAUAUUUCUGUACUUCAUUUGUGAUGCACCAACACCAGUGAGAUGGUGAGAUGCAGUGAGAUGUAGAAAUACAUUGGGUUUAACCUAAUCAGGCCAAGCACUUAUAAGAAUAGAGUUCCUCUGACUGAAAAAAAAAACCCAAACCAGGUAAAAGCUGCAUAUAUUUAAAGAGAAUUGUAACAUAGCUAUUAUAUUCAUCACAAUGCUGGAUAGCAAAUACUGGACCAGCUAAUUGUGGUCUGUAAUUCUGUUUUGUAGUUUUACUUCUGCUGUAAAAUUUAAGCUGGAACAAAUACAUAAAAUGUCUUUGUCUUGUAUGAGGUUCCUAUUGAAAGAUGUUCUGUUUUUUAUAAUUUAAAGGUUUUAAAAUUUUUGUCAUAGAAUUCUCAUUCUAAUUCAUUUAUAUGGGCUGCAUAU